UUACUUAGGUCAAACUUUCGAACAGACUAGUGGUAUUUACAAUUUUUUAACAUUAUCCAACCUGAACACUGUGAUAACGAUAAUUUAAGCGAGACAUUUGAAACUAGUUAAUAUUCCGCAUGGCUUGUCAUUUAGACGUUUUUGUUCGCACAAAAUAAAACUAACAUAACAUAAAACACAGAGCUUCAACUUUUAUCUGCCAGUCUUUACAAGUAAUAUAUUAAUAUUACUAAAGUUAGGAUCUAAAAGGCAAAGUUAAAAUAUAAUAAAUGUUGUCUCGUUUAGAGGAUACACUAGCCGACUGCGACAUUCCGCUUCAAUGCACAUCAUGUAUUGGACUAGACAACGUUCGAUCAUAUAGAACAAUGGAUGGUACAUGUAAUAAUCUUGACCGCCCCUUGCAAGGAGCGGCUCAUACCAUAUUGAGAAGAUAUUUGCGUGAGUGUUUUAUUUUCAUGCUUAGUGGGAACGUAAAAUAUAGCAGGGUUCAUUACAACGCAGAAAACACAGAAAAAUUAAAUUACAAACAUUUCAGAGGUUUAACUGUGCAGAGAAAUCGAAGUCAAAAUAAUACACCCCAAUACGCAGAUGGAAGUUUAAAUUACCCACGUGGUUUCCCCGGCACUACACCAGUGUUGCCGACAGCACAUGAAGUUGCUAGAGCUGUCUUUCGGGCCGUUAAACCGCUAGAAGGGAACAUUAAAAAGACAUCAAUAUUUUUUAUGACUUAUGGUCAAAUGAUUGAUCAUGAUAUUUCCUUGUCAAGAUUCUCAUCCAACGAACAGUGUGACAAACCAAGUUCUGGUUCUUCACUUGCACGUGGCGAGGACGAUAGAUCCUGUUGUUCAUGUUUUUCAACGCUUGGCUUUAAGUUUUACUUCAAACCAAGUGUUCUUCGCCCUGAAACAAUAUUUUCUAGUGUAUCAUAUUGUUUCGUUUAUACUCUGUCAAAAGAAUCUUUAACAAAAGAUGUCUUUAAGAUAAUUUCAUUUCAGUUUCAGAAUCCGCCAUCUUUAUCGCAAAUUGUUGCAUAUAUUAUGACGCAGAAUAAAUUAUCUAUGUCGGACUUCAACAUAACCGAAACACUGUUUGUUUGUGCAUUUUUGUGGAACACCACCUCCGCCGUUUCAUGCUUACUAGUGAAGUUCAAUGUUUUUUGUAUACCUUUUAACCCAACCUUUUUUUUUUUUAGUUGCUCGACUGGUUCUUUCGAAGAUUUUAAGUAUCCAUGUUUUCCAAUUUUAAUGAAUAACACCGAUCCUGGGUGCACGAAAUUUACCCGAAGCAAAGCAGCAUGUCCGAGUUCAGGUUCGUCUGAUCAUCGUCAACAAAUAAACACUUUGUCGUCGUACAUUGAUGCGUCCAUGGUGUAUGGCAAUGAACAACAUGUUACAAACAACUUGAGAACAUUUGAUGGAACUGGACAGUUCAGAAUGCCAAACAAUUUAUUACCUAUAGACAACGAGCCAGAUGAUGCAUGCAAAACACGGGGAGGAUGUUUCUUAUGUGGAGACAUACGAUGUAAUGAGAACUUAGCUCUCACUACCAUGCAUAUAUUGUGGACAAGAGAACACAACAGAAUUGCUGCAGAGCUGAAACGAAUCAAUAGCUUUUGGAGUGACUCACGAUUGUUUGAAGAAAGCAGAAAAAUUGUAAUAGCUACCAUACAGCACAUCACAUACAACGAGUUCUUACCUCUUUUGUAUGAUGUACUGACAUACUCAGGUUAUAAAAAAGAUGAGGAUGCUUCAAUAGCAAACGUUUUCGCAAAUGCUGCGUACAGAUUUGGUCAUAGCAUGGUGCCCAACUCAUUCCCACAAGUGGAUGUCAAUUUCAAUCAAGUUACUCCAAAUCUUCCGUUACGGUCUGCUUUUUUUGAUAAUAGGCCAAUCUUCAGCGAUGGCAUCAGUCGUACGUUGUUAGGACUAUUAAGUAAUGAGUCCGAAGCAGUUGAUGCACGCUUUGCUUUUACGUUAGUUCGCAAACUUUUCAUUCCACUAGGUGAAGCUGGUUUAGAAGAUCUAUCCGCAAUUAACAUUCAACGUGGUAGAGAUCAUGGUUUGCCACCGUAUACAAAAUGGAGAGAGUUUUGUGACUUACCAAAAAUUUACUCGUUUAAAGAUAUGCACAGUUAUUUUAGCACUGAGGCAGUUACUGCUUUUCAGUCUGUCUACAGUAACGUUGAUGAAAUUGAAAUGUAUCCAGCAGGACUUUCUGAGCUCUACAAUACAGCUACCGAUAUCAUCGGGCCAACGUUUAAAUGCAUUAUCAAAAAACAAUUUGAAAGUUUGCGUUCUGGUGAUCGACAUUUUUACGCUAGUCCUGGCGUGUUUACGAAAGAACAGUUCACAUCGAUCUCAAAAACAAACAUGAAACAAGUUUUAUGCCAUAACAUAGACGGAUUGGUCUCGUUACAGAACAAUCCUUUUUUCGCAUUCAGAUCCAGUGAAACGAGGACUAUUUGCGAUGAUAGACCUCCACAUGAUCUUAAAAGUUCCAAAAUUAAUUUGUUCUUAUGGCGUGAAGAAUCGUCAUAA